CUCGCUAGUCACUCUGUUAUGUUUACUUGAUUCACAAUACCUUAAGAGAUGACGAAUCACUACAAAAACACCAUCUCUGUUGUUUAUCUCCUGUUUUGUCUCUUCAUCACAUCUGCCUCUGCACGUUCCUCCUUAAUACGACAAUUCACUGAUGACCUCAACACAAAUCUGCAGCAGGAGAAUGGAGCGGGACCAAUCCAAAACCUGGACGAAACCCAUUACUUGAAUAACAACCAAGAGAUCGCAUCACGUGAUUACAAGGUCUCAGCUUCAAACACGGUGAAGGGUCUGAGAGAUCGUCGUCCAGCUACUUACUCUCUCAAGAUGGAGUCUUUUAACACGCUCCUUAAGUCAACGUACGCAGAGAGAUAUGAAUCUCGUCCUUUCUCGGCCGGUGGAUACAACUGGACACUUGUUGUCUACCCCAACGGGAACAAGGUGGAUAGUGGUUCAGGGUACCUUUCGCUUUAUGUAGCCAUAGACAACUCGACUCUCGUCGCUGCACAUCAAGAAGUUUACGCGGAUCUCAGGUUUUACAUCUUCAACAAGAACGAGAGGAAGUACUUCACCAUCCAAGAUACCGAUGUAUGGCGAUUCAAUGUCUUCAAAACGAUGUGGGGAUUCUCUCAUGUCCUCCCUGUUGAUACCUUCAAAGACCCAACAAACGGAUACCUCUACGAUGGAGAUCACUGCGAGUUUGGUGUUGAUGUGAUCGUUCCUUCUCUCUUUGAAAAAUCGGAACUUUUCACUGUCACUGAGAAAUUCGAUAACCCGAGAUUCACCUGGACCAUUCGGGGAUUCUCCACGCUGCUUAAAGAUACUUACUACUCAGAUGUCUUCUCCAUCGGAGGAAGAAGCUGGAAUAUACAAGUGAGUCCAAAUGGUCGUGGCACAGGAGAGGGAAAAGCCUUGUCGAUGUAUCUUAACCUUAAUGUGAACGAGAAAUUAAGACCCUAUGAGAAGAUUUACGUACGUGCCAAACUUCGAGUUCUUAACCAAAGCCAACUCAGUAACAUUGAAAGGCAACUCGAUAAUUGGUACAAUGGUCCGGAACAUGGAAGAGGAUAUAGUUGGGGUUACCAUGAGUUUAUAUCUUUUUCUGAUCUGAGAGAUACAUCAAAGGGUUUCGUUGUGAAUGAUGUGUUGAUGGUUCAAGUCGAAAUGGAGGCAAUCUCUUUAACCAAGUACUUUCCUAAUUAAUUUUUUUUCUAAGCCAAGGAACUUGCACCUUCAUACGUUUGCUUUGUUUGACGCUUUCAUGUAUACGUAACAAAAAUAAGAAUCUGUGUUUUCGUGUCCAAUAAAUUAGUUGUACUUUCUCGCAUAGAGGUUUUCAUAAUAAGGAGCCAAGGAACUUGCACCUCCUUACGUUUUCAUUGUUUAUGCACAAAUGACGAU